UUGAAACUUCACAAUUUUACAAAUAAACUGUAGUGAGUCUAUUGAAAUAAUUUUUCAUUUUAGUUUCCUCCAACAUCAUCGGCGCUAGCCCUUGCCGCCCGCCAUCAAAGCAAAUCUCACCGCAAGCUCCACAAUGGCUACUAUACCAGUUAAUCCGAAGCCCUUCUUGAACAACUUGACGGGGAAGACUGUUAUAGUCAAACUUAAAUGGGGCAUGGAAUACAGAGGGUUUCUUGCCUCAGUUGAUUCGUACAUGAACUUACAGCUUGGCAACACUGAAGAAUUUAUUGAUGGACAAUUCACUGGAAACCUCGGGGAGAUUUUGAUCAGAUGCAACAAUGUUCUUUAUCUUCGUGGCGUCCCAGAAGAUGAAGAAAUAGAAGAUGCGGAUCGUGAUUGAGAAGUGGACUCGAGAUGUCACUUUAUCAAUAGAACUUUUUAAGCUGGAGUUGUAUGGAUUUGUAGCUUAAUUCUGAUAUUGCCCUUACCAUGUACCCUAAAGCAAUUGCGAUGGCUUUUUAAGCCGAAAUAUUUCUUGGUCAAGGAAUAUCAUUUCACUAUAUUUUGCAGAA